UUAAGUGAGUUUCGCGCGCACACAGCAGAACGCUGCUAUUGGCUAAAGACCUUCUUCCUUUGUGGGGGCUCUGUGCGUAUCCGGGGUGAGGAUAGGGGAGUGGCGCCUGAGUGACGUAAAAGCAGCGACAGCCAAUCCGAAAGAGAAUAGAGAGAAGGAGAAGGAAGCGGAUCUGUCGCCCGGCCGCUAAUCUACACCUCUACUACUCAUUUCGUCUCCCUCCGCCGCCGUCGGGGCCUAAGAGGGAGCGGCCGGGAACCGUUGCGGGGCCAGGAGGGCGGGUGGCGAAGCAAGGCGGAGGGAGACGGUGGUGCCGUUCGUGCUUUAGUGCGCGACAACGACGGCGCCGUAAUUGAGUCCUAGUGGCGCAGUCGUGUGGGGUUGGGGUUGGGGUUGAGGGUGGGAGAGUAGGGAGGAGCGCGCGGCCCCGGUGCCCAGUCUUCCCCGGAGCAUCCCGCAGGGCCCCGCGUUGCAGCGGCGGCGGAGGAGGAAGAGGAGAAGGAUGGCGGCCUCGGCCUUAUACGCUUGCACAAAGUGUACCCAACGCUAUCCCUUCGAGGAGCUCUCCCAGGGACAGCAGCUCUGCAAGGAAUGUCGGAUUGCACAUCCUAUUGUAAAAUGUACUUAUUGCAGAUCAGAAUUUCAACAGGAGAGCAAAACUAACACAAUUUGCAAGAAGUGUGCGCAAAAUGUGAAGCAGUUUGGGACACCUAAGCCUUGUCAGUACUGUAAUAUUAUUGCAGCAUUUAUUGGUACAAAGUGUCAACGUUGCACAAAUUCUGAAAAGAAAUAUGGACCACCACAAACCUGUGAACAGUGUAAACAACAAUGUGCUUUUGAUCGAAAAGAGGAAGGAAGAAGAAAGGUUGAUGGAAAAUUACUAUGCUGGCUCUGCACUCUGUCAUAUAAGAGAGUUUUACAGAAGACAAAGGAACAAAGGAAGAGCCUGGGUUCUUCACAUUCUAAUUCAUCCUCCUCAUCACUUACUGAGAAAGACCAACACCAUUCAAAACAUCAUCACCACCACCAUCAUCACCACCAUCGUCACAGCAGUAGUCACCAUAAAAUCAGCAGUCUGAGUCCAGAACAAGAGCAAGGACUGUGGAAACAGAGCCAUAAAACCUCUGCAACUAUUCAGAAUGAAACUCCAAAGAAAAAACCCAAACUGGAAUCCAAGCCAUCCAAUGGAGAUAGUAGCUCUAUAAAUCAAUCAGCAGAUAGUGGAGGAACUGACAAUUUUGUGCUUAUAAGCCAGCUGAAAGAAGAAGUGAUGUCACUUAAACGUCUCUUACAACAAAGAGACCAAACCAUUUUAGAAAAAGAUAAAAAGUUAACUGAAUUGAAGGCAGACUUCCAGUACCAGGAAUCUAAUUUGAGAACAAAAAUGAACAGUAUGGAGAAAGCUCACAAGGAAACUGUGGAACAACUACAGGCCAAAAAUAGAGAACUACUCAAACAGGUUGCAGCAUUGUCGAAGGGUAAAAAGUUUGAUAAAAGUGGAAGUAUAUUAACAUCUCCAUGAGGAAAUAAUUAUUCACAUUUAGUGUUUCUGCUUAAAAUGUAAAUUUGAAUAAUUCUGUGAAGCCCUUAAAAUUCUGUGUAGUAGAAAACAUAUUUUUGCACACCAAAUGAGUUGGCGUGUUUCCUAUUCACUUUUGUAUCUAAUGCAGCAUUUUUUUUUAGUUUUCAAAGUAUUCAAAUAAACUACUUCAACUGGCUUGAAGAAUCUUUUUAAUUUUUUGAUAUCCAAGAACUUUUUUUGCCAGCAAUAGUAUUAAAAGUUGUAAAGGACAGAAAACAGUGCUCUUUUUAAAAAUGCAACAUGCAAUAAUAGAAUAGCUGUCAUUUUUAAAAGCUAAAAACGAUUUCUUUGACAUUGCUUACUUCAGAUGAUGGGUUUUUUUUUCCUUUCUUUUUAAAAACCCUUACUUUCUGUCUUAGUAUCAAUUCUAAGACAGAAGAGCAGCAAGGGCUAGAUAAUUGGGGUUAAGUGACUUGCCCAGGGUCACACAGCUAGGAAGUGUCUGAGGUCAGAUCUGAACCCAUGUCCUCCAGAUUCCGGGCCGGGUACUCUGUCCACUGUACCAUUUAGCUGCCCCCAAAUGAUCUGUUCUUGAGUUUAGGAAUAUGUAACUUUUGGAAUAAGGAACAUGAUGAACAUUUAAGUUUUUGGCAACUGUGUUCUUUUACUUUCUAUUAAAACAUAGCAAACUUAGGAGGGAAAUCAUGGUGCUUUUAUUAAAUGAAAUUCAGAAAUAUAUGUAAAUAUGUUUUAAUAGUUGCAUCAGAAGUAGUAGUCAAUGAGUAGCCUAAUAUUUUCAUUAUUGUGAUAGGAUUUAACAUUGUACAGUAUCCAAGGUAAAAUGUGUUUUUGAUUUGUAAAAACUACUGUAGAUUUUUACUUACAAGUGCCUUUUUGCCACCUAAUGUUUUUAUUUAUAGGAAUGCUGGUCUUUUGUACAUAAGGUUUUGUUUUUAAGAUCAUGUUUAAUAAAUGUUUGUAUAUAAAUGCAUAUGUACAGGAAACAUUAAAAAAGGAAAUGUAAACUGCUAGUGAAAUGCUUGAGGUUACAUUAAGAACUAACAAACAACUAGUACAUAUAGAUUUUCUAGGUCAUUGUGAUUUGUGUCUGUAGGAUAAGGGAUGGUAUUGGUCCUAGUAUUUGUUAAUCAUUUCCCAAAAUAUUUCAUUUUAAAUCUCUUGAUAGUACUAUAUUUUAAUUCUGCCACAAUGAGUCUUAGUCUUUGUGUGCAGAAAUAUGCAUGUAUACCUAUAUACAUAAUUCUACAUAUUUUUGGUUGAAUUUUACUAUUUUCCAAACAUCUUUACUUCUGCUUUCCCUACUUUUAUCUGAUUAAUAAAGUUAAUAUCAAUGGUCACCACUGCAUAAUUUGAUAAAUUCUAAAGUUUCCCAAAUUUGCUUUAAAUUUCUUUUAAAGCUAUUACUUAUUUUUCUUUAAAUAAAUUGCAAUUACCAGUACAUUCUAGUGGUGUUUACAAAGCAAACUGUCACAAAGUUUUAAAGCAUUAUUCUUUUCAAAAGGAUAGUAUAGUAUAAUGUAUGUAUAAUGUUAGUGGUAAAAAUAAAGUUAUAUAUAGGACCUUUUUAAAAAAGAUGAUUUUUGAGUCUUGAAUGGAAUUGGUCUGCUUUAAAAAUAUAUCUCUUCAGCCUUUUAGUUCAUGAACAUUAAAAAAAAAAUUAAGUAGUAUAUUGGGUUCGUUACUUGCAUAGAAUGAAAUCAGCAAUUCUUGCCCCAACAUUUUAUAGCAUAAACCAACGCAACUCUGCUCUGGGCAAACUACUCCCCACCUCAUUUUUAUUACUGAAUAUAUAUCAUCGUAAAAGUUUUUCAUGAUCUAAACCAACAUUUGAAUGUUAGUGCCCUGAAAAGGAUGGCUUUCUCAAGUACAGUUGUGGGUGGUGCUACUCUUCUUUUUUAAAUGGCUUGUGUUUAGUAGCUCAUUCCUACAGCAGUUCAGUAUAAGAUCACAGUCAUUCUUUGCCCUAUUUAGAAGUAUAAAGAUAGUUUUCAAGUGAAACAGACUGCAUAUUUCUAACUUGAGAGAAAAAAACAUAAAAUUAUUUCCAUCAAGUUUUAAAUAUAUAUACAAUAACACUAAGUUUAAUAGUUUUCAUAGGUUUAAUAAACUUACUAUGCUUUUAACCUUCCAUUUUCUGCCCUAGUUGUACAAUACUGUAGUGCAUUUUAAUGCUAAGGAGAUUUACUAAAUCAGAAAGACCUUUAUUUUCAUUUAAAAUUUUUCAUAACUGGUAUUUUUCCAAUUUCAUAGAUAUUUCUUAUUCUUUAGUGGUCAUUAUGGUUUUUAAGUGAACUGUCCAUUUUAGUAACACUUAUUCAAACUCGUGGAGGUUGCUGCAAUUUAAAAUUAUUUUUGUUUUAAGGAACAUCUCAAAAUUCAAGGAAAAUUGUCAGCUUUGUAAAUCCUAAUGCUUUUAAACUUUUUAGGGGCUUCACAGUCUUUAGUCCUAAUUUAAAUAUAUAUACUUUUUCUUUUAUUCCAUGACCUCAUUUUAAAACUUAAAUUUUUAAAGUUGUAAACAAAUACAUUGAGUUCUAGAUCAUUAUGUUCUGGAUCUGUAGUAUAUUGACAAAAUGGCCUGAUGUUCUUUAACUGUGGAUCUGUAAGGAGAUACUAUUGUGUGCUAUUUUGUGCUUUUUAGCUUGUUUUCAACUGUUCGUUAGCAUUUACAAGUGUUAGCCACUUUGGCUCAAGUUAUUUAUGUACUUUAAGCCUGUUAAUAUUGCAGUCCUUUUUAGAUAGUAUUGAUCUAGAUAUGCAUUUUGCAGUAAAGCUGUUGGGCUGUUCACAUGUAUAGACUAUUGAAAUACUGUACUUGCACACACCUGACUGUUGACAUUUUGUACUUUUUUUCUAAAACCAAUAUUUCACAAUAAAAACUUUUAAAAGCA